AUGUCGUACUCUGAAUCUGAGCCUGCCGCUUCGGUUGUGGAACCCGAAACCGCUGUUGGAACACCUCCUAUUUCCCUGGACUCUUCCUUCGAGGGCAACAGCGCCGAAAGCACUGCCACCGAAACUGGAUCAGAAACCGCGCCCGAGGAAGCUGUGAAAAAACCUCUGCCAACCAAAAAAGAUUUCCCUUCUCUAGGCUCCGGUGCCUACCUGACGGCAGCUAAUAAGGUCUCAUGGGGUCCAAAUAUGAAACCCGCGGCUUCUGCCUCUUCCAAUGGCUCAUCGGCCGCGAACUCACGUUCUGCCACUCCUUCGCUGUCUGCCAAGCCAGCUCGCUCCACGACUAUUCAGGAAGCCUUUUCGUUGGACCUAGAGUCCCAGAUCUCUGUUGCGAAGCUGGACUUCUCCAGAAUUGUCCAGAGUGUCAAACAAGCACACAAUGUCUCCAUCGAAUCCACUUUGUCCAAGGCCAGUCGUACAUUCUUAAUUUCCGGUAAACCUCGAGAUGUCAAAGCCGCCAGAAGGGAUAUCAUUAAGAAGCUCACCAAACCUGUCACCGCAACCUUUCAAGUCCCUUCCAAGACCAGAGCAGCAAUCAUUGGGGCCGGUGGUAAAAAGAUUCGUGAAAUUUCGGAUCCAUUAGAAGUUAGAAUUGAUAUUGGUAAGGAAGUUAAUGAAGACUCUUACGACGAAGAUCUAGAUGACUCCCUAGUCGACGUUGUUAUCCAUGGUGACCUAGAAUCUGUGAGAUUCGCGCAAGAGAAGAUUAUGGCUAUUGUCAGAGAAGAUACGAAAAACGCUUCUAUCAAGGUUUUCGUCCAGGACAAGAAUUUGAUACCGUUCAUUACCUUAGACUUCCUACAGCAAGAAGUUGAGAGUAAAUUUGACUCCGAAGAAGGCAAAUUCCAACUAUCUGGAUUGCGUGAAAAUGUGCAAGCAGCCAAAUUGUCUAUCACUCAAUACCUCUCCGAACUGAGCACUCAGAUCAAGACUCUGAAGAUUAAGAUUCCCGCAAAGUUCCAAUUCUUGAUCGAUGAAUCGCUUAUCAAAGAGAAAUUCAACGUUAUUGUGAAAGUCUCAAAGGCAGGCGAGGAUGAAGUUUCCUUUGUGGGCGCGUCUUCUAAGCUAGACGAUGCUAUCCAUUUUGCGAGAGAGAAUUCCAAAAAGUACACCGUCGAAUCUUUGGAAAUUUCGAAAGCGCAUGGAAAGAACGUUGAGCACGCCAAGAACAUUGCUCAUUACUUCGAAAAGUACAACGUUUUGGAUUCCAUUAAAGAGAAGUAUCCAAAUGUGCGCCUAGCUUUACCCUCACCUGAGGAACUAAAGAACGCCGAAUCCGUCUUGGUUAGAAUCACGUCAACUUUGGAGCAUGCCAGCGACUUGAAGGCAGUUCGCAAGGAUAUCAUCAAUCUAGUUAAUGAACUACCUAUUACUCAAGUCUUGAUUGUUGACGACUUGGACUACGAACUCUACAGCAAAGAAAUAAAGCACUUGCUCAUCCAGGAGGAGAAAAAAGCUGGAUUUGUUCAACUGGGGGACGUUUAUCCAGGUGAUGAUAGAGUAAUUAUUGUUGCCAAACUUUCUGACGAAGACUUUAGACCAUCAGCUGAGGAGUUGAAGCAAACUUUAGACGAAGUAAACUCAUCUCUGGAAACUUUGCGUAACAAACAAAGCAAUCUUUCCCUCGAAAUUGUUGAUGUUACCUAUGCGGUGCAAGAAUCGUACUUGCAGCCUUCGACCAUCGUUCGUGCUCUAAUUGAAGAAGAAAUCACUUCUCAAGGAGGCCACGCGCAAUUCAAGCUUCAUCGCCCGUCUGCCGAUAAGCUAACUAUCAGAGGUGAUACUAAGGCCGUUAAAGUUGCCACUGGCGCCAUAGAGUCACUUCUGACCAAUGGUGAGGAGAAAUACGAGGUUAAAUUCGAUGUCUCGUCCAAUGCUGUUCCAAGACUAAUUGGAUCUAAGGGCGCUAAUCUCAAUGCUAUCAGAGAAAAAUACCAAUGUAGCAUUGAUGUAGCUCAAGAAGCUAAUAACAACGCUACUGAGGUCACUAUUUCUGGCCUCAAGUACUGUGCGGAGCAUGCCAAGGCUUACAUGAUAUCUGAGUCAAAGAAGUGGGCCGAUGUCAUCACGAAAGAACUUAACGUGCUGCCCAAGUUUCGCGGCAAGCUAAUUGGAUCGCAGGGUACCUACCGUAAUCGUUUACAAACAAAGUACAACGUUUUUAUUCAUUUCCCAAGCGAAGGUGAAAACAAGGGUGUUACUAUUAAUGGUCCUUCCCGCGGUGUUUCGAAAGCCUACGACGAAUUAAAGGCUCUUCUCGAUUUUGAGAUCGAAAAUGGUCACAGUUCUAUAAUCAAAGUGCCCACUGAGCAUGUUCCUCGCGUGAUUGGCAAGAGCGGUGAUACAAUAAAUGACAUCAGAGCUGAGUGUGGAGUGGACUUAGACUUUUUGCAAAAAACGACAGAUGCUAAGGCCACUGAAACCGGCGAAGUCGAACUUGAAAUCACUGGUUCUAGACAAGCUAUCAAGGACGCUACCCAAAGAGUACAAGACAUCAUCAAGGAGGCUUCUGACGUUCUAGUAGAGUCGUUCGAUGUCAAUCCAGAUUACAUCAGAGAUAUCGUUGGUGCUGGAGGCCGCGUUUUGAAAGAUUUAAUUUCAAAAGCUGGGGGUGACGAGAUUAGAAACAAAUCAGUUGACAUUCCGGAUGCCAAAUCUCAGGAGAAAAAAAUUGUUGUGCAAGGUCCUCAAGCAUUUGUCAAGGCUUUGGUCAAGGAGAUCAAGGCGAUCAUUGAGGAAAGAGAUAACUCUAUUGAAAAAGAGGUAGAUGUUCCACUAGACAGAGUGGGUGCACUAAUCGGCCCAGGUGGCUCGGUGCGCCGACAAUUGGAAAGUGAAUUCCACGUAAGAUUGUUGCUGCCGGAAAUUGGCGACAAAGACAGCAAGGUCAAGAUCUCUGGCCUUGCCGAUAACAUAGCGGCCUGCGAAAAGAAAAUUUUUUCUCAAAUAAUCAGAGAUAAUUGCGAUGUGGAAGUUCAAGUUCCUGCAUCCUAUCAUGAGUUCGUCUCCGAAAAAGGUGCUUUCAUUCAAAAAUUAAGAUCCGAUUUUUUUGUGAACGUUAAGUUCGGCAAUACCAAUGGUAAAGCCAACAAGCUAGCUCGUGCUAAUUUGUCCAUUCCUGUUGAUACUGCUACCGGUUCUGACGAAGAAAAAAUCAAAUUCACACAGGAAGAAAAGCCUUUGGAAUUAAAUGCGUCCCAAGGCUCGAUUCCAUGGAGAUUAUCCUACGAGCCUGUAGAUUUAUCGGAUAUCUUAACUCCCGAAGAGCAAGCCAAUGAAAAAGAACCAAAGAAAGAAGAAGUUCUGUCAGCUGUUCAAAAGCUAAUUGAAGCCAGGAUUGAGCUUGCACCAAAAGCAUCAUUUGUUGGUUACUUGUGGGCCAAGAAUUCUCAAGAUUUCAGAAAAGUUGUUGGAUCGAUGGGCUCCAACAUCAAGAAAAUCAGAGAGGCUACCAACACUUUGAUUACUGUACCAAAGAAGGGCGACAAAGUGCCAGAUAUCAUUUACAUUAGAGGCACCAAGGAAGGGGUUGAGAAAGCCGCUGAUUUGAUAACGAAGAAGCUCAAAAACUGA